AUGGUUCACCAUGUCUUUUCUCUUCACAAAAUCACGAGCGCGGAUAAUUUGACUUUUCCGUUAUCCAUCGAGGACUAUCAGCGCUAUGUAUUUGGCGAUGACAAGCUAGCGCACCGUCUCGGCACGGACCUCGCUAAAGCCUUCAUUGCCCAUGGCCCUGGCAAUCAGCUCCCGACGGACGACGUUACGGUUGCCGUUCUAUCCGGCUACGUUCCUACGGCCACUCACAGCCUUCGUAACCACUUCGUCGCCUAUUUGAAUCGACAUCUGAUCUCAAUCAACGCAAGGCCAGCACUCAAGAUUGAUGUGCAUGGUGUGGAGGAAGACUCGCAGACACGGAAGGGCGCACAGACGAGCUCUAUAGAAGCGUAUCACGUCGACCGAAAGCGUUUGGAAUCCAGGACUAUCGUCGUAUUAGCCGACAUACGCAUGAGUCAGGAACAAGAAGAUCGGAUCAAUCAAUCGCUACAAAACCUUCGGAUCGAUAAUCAGGUCAUCUUCGCGUAUCUGGUGUCACUCGACGGUCCUCCAAAUCCUGUUGCCUUAUUGCCCAUCUUGUCGCGCGUCGUCAGCCCUUCCAUUAAGGAUGCCGAAAGCAUUGCACAGGCAGACCAGUUCACGAUGAACCAGUGCUAUGUGCAAUCUACGUUGGGGCGGGACCGUGUUGAGUUCUGUCAGUUUGUGAGACGGCAGGACGAUUACUUUGUGCGACUGUUGCUCGACUACGCUAUUGGUGGUAGCUUUCACAAGGACGAGCUUUUUGAGCAGAAUGUCAACUUUUUGCUUUGGGAGAUUGGAGUACGGGAAAGCCUAUGA